AUGAGAUCGUUUUUUCAUAUUCAUUGUAAAAAUUUCAAAUUCCUUCGAAAUAACUUAUGUCCUAGCUAUGUUAGCUAUAACAUAGCUACGACAACAGUAGCACCACUAACCACAACGAAAAAAAUCGUUGUUAUAAUGGGUGCUACUGGUUCUGGAAAAUCAAAACUCUCGAUCGACCUCGCUACUCGUGGUUUCAAUUCGGAGAUUAUAAAUUCAGAUAAAAUUCAGGUUUCUAAAGGGCUUGAUAUAACAACGAACAAAAUUUCAAUCAAUGAACAGAGCGGCGUUGUUCAUCAUUUACUAGGUGAGUUUUCCGGCCCCGAGUUAUUUUCCCCUUCUGAUUUCCGGCAUACUGCUGAUAACAGAAUCACUGAUAUUAUCAAUCGCCGGAGACUUCCGUUAAUCGUCGGUGGAUCGAAUUCCUUCAUCUACGCUUUGUUGUCAAAUCAGUUCAAUCCGGGUGUUGAUGUUUUCGAUGAGAUAAACCCGGUUCAGUGUAUAUCAAAAGAGCUUCGUUACCAUUGUUGCUUCAUCUUAGUCGAUGUUCUCACUCCGGUUCUGAAUCGUUACUUGUUCCAACGAGUCGACGAGAUGAUGAACUCCGGGAUGUACGAAGAGCUCGAAGAGUUCUUCGCGAAAAACGGAUUUUCCGAUCGGAACACCGGGAUAAGAAAAGCGAUUGGAGUACCGGAGAUGGAGGGGUAUUUUAGGAAUUUGAAAAAUUGUACCACCGUACAGGAAAAAUGCAGAUUAUAUGAAGCAGCACUGAGAGAGAUAAAGGAGAAUACGAAGGAGCUUGCAGAGAAACAGAUAAGGAAGAUCCAACGGUUGAGAGAGAGUGGGUGGGACCUACAAAAAGUAGAUGCCACGGAGGCACUCCGGGCGAAAAUGACGCCGGGAAACAGCAAGAUUCCGGCGACGGAAAUUUGGGAAAGACAAGUUGUAUUACCAAGCAUGAAGAUUGUGAAACAAUUUUUGCUGGAGUAG